AAAUUCACACACGUCAAAAUGAAAAAGAACAAAUAAAAAUAAAAAAUUCCGAAAGAUAUGGCAGAUGAUAAACCAACCCUGGAGCCACUCCUCGAAUGGUUUGAGGCUCUCAUUGAAGGAACCAUCGGCCAGGAGUUGGAAACCCGAGCUCUCCAAGGACUGAUCAUAACGAAAGCUGAAAAGGGAUUCAUACGAACUGAGUUCACCAUCCCAAGCCUCGCCGCUGAUGUUGAUGGGAAUUGGCAUGGCGGAGCUAUUGCAACCUUGAUGGAUAUCGUGGGAGCUAUUGCUAUUUAUUCUGUUUUAGAUCAUCCUGCGAAAUCGGUGGAUUUCAGCAUUUCGUAUUAUUCAACUGCUAAGAUUGAAGAAGAAGUGGAGAUAGAGGCAAAGGUGAUAGCGGAGAAGGGAAAACUUUCACUGGUGGUGGUGGAAAUCAGAAGAAAACGAAACGGGGAGCUAAUUGCUUUGGGUAAACAAUGGAUGGCCACAACUAAAGAUAGCAUUAACGCAGCCCAACUGAGUAAGCUUUGAAACUUAGGUUUAUCUAAGCUGGAUUCGAAAUUUUUGCUCUUAUGAUCAAAUGAGGGCAUUCAUAUAGACAAAUUGCCUGUCAUUUGAAAUGCUUUUUCUGGGUUUUGGAGCUCUGAUGAGACCUAAUUACAAUAGUAGCAAUUCAAUAAAAAGCAAUGCCAUGUAUCUAUGCCAUUUAUCAUUUUGACAACUUUAAGUUUUUUAGUCCAAAA